AGAUUGCUCCAAUGGUUCCAUUUGGACCUCGAGAGAAUCGCGAAGCAGGCAUCGUCAUGGCGGUAAGCGACGAACGAAGCCUCCAAAUCGCCUCCAUCCUCAUCAAAAACCCCUCCCAAUUCUCACUCCCGAGCUCCUCUGUGUCCCCGCCAUGUCCGCCCGCUCUUUCCGUUCGCCUUUUGAUGAUCUGGACGACGACGAUGGCGACGCAGGAAGCGAAUUGGAGGCUGUCUCCGACUUGAGCUCUGAUGAGUAUGAGGAUGAGCCUCAGUCCAUGACCGGAAAGGGGAUAAAGAGAUUGUGCUCGGAGUUGAUUGAGUUGAAAAGCGUAUCAGAAGAUGAUUUUUUGCAAAAUGUCUAUUCUAAUUAUCAAACUUUCGUUCGGGUUUUCAAAGAUCUGGGAGUUGUGGAUAGUGAGCUAAUGAACUUGAAGCAGCAUAUUACAACCCAAAGAAGGCUUGUACAAGUUUUGGAAAACAAUAUCUCCCUUGAUAUAGAAUCUGUUGGUUCUGUAGAUAAUGAAGUUGAAGAAGCGGAAGAUCUUGAUUUGCCUUCUCCCAGCGCUCGAAUGAAUGAUGUUUUGGAAAAAUUGGAUGUUCUUCUCUCAGAAUGGCAGGUAGAUGAAGCUCUACUUGUGCUCGAAUUGGAAGGUGUGAACUUACGGAGGAUGCAAAUGGAAGAUGAUCAUAUUUCACCAUACUUGACAACAUAUGCCUCUGAAAUAUCAGACAGAAGGGCCAGGCUCACUGAGCAACUAAUUUUUCUGGCUGACCACCCAAGAGUUGCUCCAUCAGAGCUUCAAAAGGCACUCUCUGGACUUUGCGCCAUGGGUGAGGAUAAAAGGGCUAAUUUCUUACUACUCAAGUAUUACCGUUCAUGCCUUGCGAAUCGUCUGCUUGAACUGCAGUCAUCAAAACAUUCUUUACAUGGUACAUACAUGAUGGAACUUGCAAAAGUUGUAUUCUCUGUUAUCUCUCAAGCAGCAAGAAGUUUUGUAUUAUUGUAUGGUGAAGCAUCUCCUUAUACAUCAGAUCUUAUUCAGUGGGCCAGGGAAGAAACUGAAGCGUUAAGUUGUAAUUUGUGUAAGUUUGUCAAAUCCAUUUCAGAAAUGUCUGGGGGCUUACCUCUGGCAGUUGAAACUGUGAAAGCUACUAUUUCAUUUUGCUCCUUGUUAAAUCCUCAGAGAAUCAUCUUGCAGUCAGAUUUGACAAAAUUAAUAAGGCCUUGCAUGGAAGAGGCAUUACAGAUGCAUGUAGAUCAUCUGCGUAAAGUUAUUAAUAUAUUUGCGACAACUGAUACUUGGGUUCUGGGCAAAUAUUUCAUAUCAGGGACAUCAUUAGACAAUUCUUCCAUAGGAAGGAUAGAUGGCAAAAUGGACCAUUGCCUGCUCUCCGGCAGCGGAAGAAAAUUUGUUACACUAAUGCAGGCAUUUGUGGAUGAAGUGUCCCCAUUGGUGGUUGUCCAAAUGGAAUGCUCAAUUCUUGAAGGACUAGCUGACCUCUUCUCUGGGUAUAUAGGUGCACUUGAGAAAGCUAUUUCAGAAAGAACAAAUGCCGCAGGAAAUGAUUUUCCAAGGAUGGGCAGUGCUCUGGAGUUCCUGCAACAAGUUUCAAUUUUAGUCACCUCCUCAGCUGUUGUUCAACUUUUUCCUAGCAUUGCCUGUGGCAUUUUUAAUCGUAUGCGGACCUCAAGUAAUGAGCUAUUACUAAAGUAUCUUGGGCCUUCUCUAGAAAAGGAACUUGACAUGUGUAUGUUGUCUAUAGAAGAAGCUUCUAAUCAACUUAGAGACUAUUUUUGCCAGCAUUUUGUGCGUGCUGUUAUGUCAGAUGAAGAAUAUGGAUGGAAAGCGACUUUGGAAACUUAUGUUGAUUUUCAACACAAGCCUAGCUUGCCACCUGACCUGAUUCCUUCUUUUGCUUUUCAGGCCUUCUUCUUGCGGAUGAGGAAUUUAGAAAAACUUUUGAAGUCUAUACUCGAGGAUGAGUAUGGAAUGCUGGAGAAGCUAUCAAAGGAACUGAUGAAGACCAUGAUUAUUUGGCUUUCAAAUAACCUGGAUUUCUGGAAAGCCGCUGAGCAUGGUUCAGGACACUGUAGCUGUUUUGAACAGUUUCAUUUAGAUGUGGAUUUCCUUGUGGAAGUUGCAAGGCUUGGAGGAUACUUUUCAGAUGAUCUACUGACUGCUGUCAUGGAUUUAUUGGCACAAAUAGAAGAUAAAUUUGCUGAAUGUGAAUCAGAUAUGAAAAGUGGGGCUGCAGAUGAUGCUUCACCUGAUGAUGAUUGGUCUUCAAAUGCUGCCAAACUAGCGAUUGAAAAGCUGCUGGAAUUUGAGAUGCUGAAGUUGGAGAGGAAGGAAGAAACAGCAGUUUCUUCUGAAGAGGACCUCACGCAAAAUGCAGUAAAUGUGAGCCCAUCUGGAGAUAAUGUUGGUUCAGUAGAUGGUGAAUCUGCUGAUUCAGCCGAGGAGGAUAUCACCAGAAUUGAAACAACAGAUGUAAAAUGCACAGGUAGAGAUCACGAUGGAACUGUAAAACUGAAGGAAGAAGCUGAGGACGUGGAAAAGCAGGAUGCUGAUGAGAUACUGAAUUUCUCCAAGCAUGAACCUUUUGGAGCAGCUGAAUCAGCAAGAGUAGUGCUAAUAGAUUUAACAGAAAGACUUGAUCAGGCAUUGAAAAUUGAUUUUUUCGAUGUUUCUGCUGACCUGGAUACCAUUGUAUCUCAUGCCACUUCAGAGAACACAGUUGUCAAUUCUACAAGUGAAAUUGAUGAGAAAAUAGAGCAAAUUGUAAAAUUGCUUUUGCCUGCUCCUGAGUAUGAGUCUGUUGGGAAACCGGAUGAAUCAUUUAGCAUAGCAGUUCAACCUGAGAAAGAUGUCCAUUUAGUAAAAGAGAAAUCAUUUGGUGUUGGCAUGAACUUAGAACUGAAAUCCAAUAUUCUUGAAGUUUCUGAGAAAUCAGAUGAAACGAGGGGGAACACAGGGAUAGUUGAGACUGAUGAAAUUAAGUGCGCUGAAAAGGCAAGCGUAAGCAGGUUUUUGAUUGAUCUUGAGGAGGAAUUUGUGGGGAAUUUUGAUGUAUCUGUUGACAAAACAGCUUCUGAAUCAGUGAGGGAAGAGCCUAUAGGUGCUCAGUAUCUAGAAAUGAUGUUUAAGCUUCUUGAAGUCUCUGAUAAUGUGGAUGCGGAUUUAUCUCAUGCAACGGAGGAGAAAACAGGGGCAGUUGAGACUAGUGAAAUUGAGUACUCAAAAGAAACAUAUACAAGAGUGUUUCCUGAGGAGAGCUUUAUUGGUGCGUUCGAAGAAUUUGCUAUUGGGACAGCUCAAUCAGUACAAGCUACAGCUUUAGCUCUUGCAAAUAUAGAAAAUUUGGUUUCAAUUGAUAAACUUACCAAAGAAACUGAUCAUCCAGACCGCUAUAUAUCUGACUUAAAUAGUUCAGAAAAAAUUCACACUGUUCUCACCGAAGUUUCCAGUGAAACAAGUUCUAAAGAAGCAAACUUCACUGAUACUCUGAUCGCUGAAAGUGCCAACAGAAAAGCCUUGACAGAGGUGGAAGACAUUGAGAAAGAAAAGGUGCUUGUAGGCAAUGCCAAAGAGAAGAUCAAUGAUGAAAGUUCUGAAAAACAAGACAAGGAUGAUGCUGGUAAUAUCAGAGCUAGCAAGACCAAGUUAAAUGAAUUGCCACGGUCCAAACGAAAGCGUGAGAGGCCGAGAACUGUCAUCAAUGUAGAGCAUUUGGGAAGGACUAAACGAGAUGUUCUACAGAAAAUGGAUCAAGAACCAACCAAGUGAUCAUCUAAUGACCACCAGAACUGA